AAUGUCAAAUUGGAUUCUGUGGUAAAUGUCAGUCAACAAAUAAUUGUCAAAAAUAUUUUUUAAAAUUGUCCAGUAAGUUUAUUGCUGAGCUUGAAAUAUUUUAUUUAUUUGUUUUAACUUUUAUUUCACACGAAGUUAUUGAUAUUAUAAUACUCAGAUCAAUAUAACCGCGCCAAAAUGUACCUGGCAUCAGUCAGCUCAAGAUUAGUUCUUCACGACGCUAACAGUUGGGAUUUAAAAAAAUGUUAUGGAUGUUACGAAGGUAUCCUCAGAGAUAUAAGUUGGAGCGACGAUGCGAAAUACUUAUUACAGGUAAAUCCCAAGGGAUUAGUGGAGAUAUUGAGUACUACUGAUAGUGAGGUCCGGAGCCUCCAGCAUGUUCCAUUCAGAGACACAUGGUCCGCCAGCUUCCACCGAGACGGCCAUCGCCAUGUUGCUAUUGGAACCAAAAGUGGCAAUGUAUUGAUAUGGGACACAAGAAACAAGACAAUUACCAAGACAUUCCCUACCCCGGCGCACCAAUCUGCGGUCAACUAUGUCAGCUUUAAUGCCAAAAAUACUAGCCUAGCAGCUUCAAUGCAAAAUGGAGACACGGUCAUAUACGGCCUUGUGUCCAACAUCCCCGUGCUCACCAUCAAGCUGUCGUGCUCCAAGAGCAUCUCUGCUAUGAAGUUCCAUCACGAGUCCCGAGCCAUACUUGGAUUUGCCACGGACGAGGGGCACAUGGUACUCCGAGACAUCACCACCAAUAAAGACAAAGUUUUCUUUGAAAAUGUUCAUGCUUCACCAGUCAGUGACUUCACAUACUCAUUGGUCAACAAAGAUGUGAUGCUUUCAACAGGCUACGAUAAAAUCAUGCAUGUCUAUGAUGUUAGACUUCAAAAUGUAGUUUCAACUAUCAGGACCUCAUACACACUCACAUCACUGGCUAUAAAUCUGGACAACCAGGUGGCCCUCGGUGCCAAGAAUGGUGUGAUGUUAGUCUAUGAUUUGAGGGACUUGACCAAUCCAUUUAAGGUUCUAAAGGGGCACGAGGAAGAAGUCAACAGAAUAUGUUUCCAGCCGGUCCGAAAAAAAGCUACUUCAACUGAAAUCAGUCUCCAUGAAGACAAAGAAACAACUCCAUGUAAACUGCAGUCUCCACUAAAGACAAGAACCUCGGACAUGUUCCUGGUCAAUGAAUCACCAAUAAAGACUCAUUUAGAGGUUUCACCACAUAAUGGAGACAACAAGGCUGACUCUUUCUUAGUUAUGAUGGGGCUGGAUAAGUCUAACUUGGAACUUGAUGAGGAAGGGAACAAGACUGCCGAGUUGGAGCGCCGGAGCGACCGACAUGAACUGAGAUACCGUCAGCUGGAUGCUGAGAAGAACAUUAGCAAAGUAUCAACACCAUUGAAUAGCCGACUGCUGGAACUGGGCUUCAGCACCCCGAUGUGUGCAAAUGGCGGUGUUGAAGAUUGCGGUUCUGCCAGCAACCUGAACAAUAAAGAGUCUAACUUGUGCCUGAACAAGUCGUCGGCCCAGCUGGACGCGCAGUCGGCGGAGGAGCUGAAGGAGUGGCUGCGGCAGGCGCUCGCGGCGGCGGGGGACGACAGCCGCCACUACUUCCUCCACGUCAUGAUGGCGCUCACCAAACAGAAGAUAUUCUUAGAGAAGCAGCUGGUCGGCAUGAGCGAACAAAUACAGAACUUAGUUGAUAACCAAAAUGGAUUGAUUGAAAUGAACAGAAAGCUGGCCUUAGAAAUUGAUCAACUGAAAUCUCAAAGAAACACUUAAAUGUUUAAGCUUUAGCAUGAGUAGCAUGGGCCUUGCCCAUCAUAUUGUUAUUAUAUUAAGCAUAAAAAAUUUAAACAUGAAGUAAAGAUAGGUAUGUUGGUAUUCGAUUUAAUUUUUUAUAUUAACUUAUUCAAUAUGCUCAUUUGUUAAUACACCUACUGUUUCCUUCUGCUAUGCUUGAAUGUAGCAAAAAAGUAUUGAGUAUAAUAAAAUAAGGUGAUCUGAUAAUUUUAAUUCUAGAUCUGAAUUAUACGUAUAUUUCUCUAUUUCUCGUUGCCAAAUGCUUAGAAAUACCGUACCAUACCGUGUGCCAUAACUAAGAUAUCGAUAGUUAAAUUGUAUGUAGGUAUACAUGUGAUGAUGAUGUGAUGUGAUGAACUGAUUAGGGGUUGUGUAAAUUAUUAUACAUGUUAGUAUUAAUUCAUCAAUUACAUACAUAAUUUAACUGAAUAAAUAACAGAUUUUGAUCGUUA